CUGCGGGACUGGGACAUGGGCAACGAGUGCUUCCUGGCCGGCACCACCGCGCACCUGCCCCCCGCCGAGCAGAACCUUGCCAGAUACAGGCUCCGUGUGGUUGAGCCACCACAACUGCCUGUGAGGAAAAGCCCCUCCCCUGAUGAAGAUGGUCCAGACACUGAGCCCAACCUGUGGAUGUGGGUGAACCCCAACAUCGUGUUUCCCCCUGGAAAGCUGGAGGUCUCACAGCCCAGGAAGGGGGAGGGCUUGACCAGCAUACUCCCCUCCCCUCCGCUGCCCCCGAAAGAGGAAGACUGUGCCCACUGCUCAAAGGUCGAUGCCGUGGAGCUGCUGCCUGCGUCCUCCAGGGAGCAGUCUCCCCCUCGGAAGCAGCUCCCUUCUUCCCCCAGCAGCUCAGAGCUCACAGAAGAGGAGGCGAAGGACCAGCACGACCGCUCCUCUGUGGCUCUCCUGUCCCCUCACAAAAGGGCCCCCCUCCAGAGUCGGAGGCUCCGGCAAGCCACCAGCCAGGAGGGGAGGCCCUGGCCCCGGCCCCCCCUCCAUUACUUCCACCUCAUAGCACUGGCACUAAGAAACAGUCCCCCCUGCGGCCUCAACGUGCAGCAGAUCUACAGCUUCACCCGACAGCAUUUCCCCUUCUUCCGGACGGCGCCCGAGGGCUGGAAGAACACCAUCCGCCACAACCUCUGCUUCCGAGCCAGCUUCGAGAAAGUGCGGGCCAGCACGCAGGCCGGGGCCUGCCUCUGGAAGCUGACGGAGGAGGGACGCCGCCGCUUCGAGGAGGAGGCCCGGGCCUUGUCCUCCGCGCAGCUGGAAAGGAUCCAGCAGUGCAUGAGCCAGCCAGGUGUGAUGCCCUUCCUCUUUGACCUGUAAGUCCAAGACGGAGAGGCAGCUUGUGCCGUAUUAAAGUUCCCUGCAGCAGCCGUGUGUGUGUGGUCUCUGAGGAGGGGGGAGGGGACAGGGGAGGUGAGCUCUGAGGUUGGGAAUGGGGUGUCCUCAGAGCUGCUGGAUGCCCCAGAGGCAGCGGGGCAGUGGCCUGGUGUGCAGCAAAGGGGUCCCAUACUCUUCCUCUCCUCAAAGGAAGAAAAUACUUACCGUCUUUGGGAUCCUGGUGCAAU